CGAGCUUCCGGUAGCAAAUUGGCCGAAGCAAGACGACCAUAGAGAAGAAAAGGCUAAGCAGGAGUAGAAGGGAGCCUACAUUCCUCAUCUCUGGAGAAGCCAUGGCAGGGCAUGGAGCUCACCUCACCACCGCUUCAGCCUUUGACGACAGGCCGUCCAUCUUCGAGGUGGUGGCUCAAGACAGCUUGAUGUCUGCCGUGAGACCUGCACUUCAACAUGUGGCUAAGGUGCUGGCUGAAUCCAACCCCGGGCGUUAUGGUUUCCUCUGGCAUUGGUUUGAUGAAAUCUAUACCAUCCUAGACCUGUUGCUCCAACAGCACUACCUGUCCAGGUGCAGUGCCUCUUUUUCCGAAAACUUCUACGGCUUAAAGAGAGUCACGUUGCGAGGCAGCAGGAGGCCACACCAGUGGCUGGCCACCGCCGGGCUGCCACAGAAACAGCACUGGAAGUCACUCUGCUUGCUGGUCCUGAUCCCGUAUCUGAAAACCAAGCUGGAGAAGCUGGUCUCCCGGCUCCGAGAAGAGGACGAUUACUCCAUCCACCCCCCAUCGUCGUCCUGGAAGCGCUUCUACAGGGCCUUCCUGGCAGCCUAUCCUUUUGUGAACUUGGCGUGGGAGGGCUGGUUUCUGGCCCAGCAGCUGUGCUACAUCUUGGGGAAGGCUCGGCAUCACUCGCCCCUGCUGAGACUUGCUGGGGUGCGCUUGGUGAGGCUCACAGCAGAAGACCUGCAGGCCCUGGAGGAGCAACUGCCAGCCACGAGCACAACUCGGCCGCCAGCCUGCAGUGUGAAAGACCAAGUGCAGUCGGCUGCGAAGAAGGCCUUGGGGGGCCUGGCCUUCUCCCUCUCCACUGGCCUCUCCGUUGGAGUCUUCUUCCUCCAGUUUCUAGAAUGGUGGUACUCCUCUGAAAACCAGGACACCAUCAAGUCGUUGACUGCCCUGCCCAUCCCACCACCACCCCUGCACUUGGACCAUGGCACAGCCUCCCCGCUCUUGCCAAAGCUCAAAACCAUUUGCCCGCUCUGCCGCAAAAUCCGAGCCAACGACACGGCCCUCGCCACAUCCGGCUUUGUGUUUUGUUACCGCUGCGCUUACAGCUAUGUGAAGAGCCAUCAGCAGUGCCCCAUCACAGGCUAUGCCACAGAACUUCAACACCUUGUCAAAUUAUACAUGCCUGAAAACUGAUGCAGGGGACAUCCUUUGGCUUAGGGCUCAGGAUGGGUGAUUCCAUCAUGUGUUUUGGAGAAUAUCCUAUAUGGCAGCAAACAUAUAUUCCAGAACACGAGCCCAGGGACCUGUUAUACUUGCCCUAUAAAAAGCAGCUCUGCUUUGCUGAGGGUUCUGACCAAUCUGUCUUGGGAAAGCUGGACAGGUUUGUUCUGGAAGUCAAACUGAGAAGAAAGAUGAAUCCGCUGGCCCCUGAUGUCUUGGCACACCAAGCCAAAUGUGGCCUACAGCUCCUUGCACUCCACCAGCACCGCCCUUUCAGCAGCCCAAUUAGGCAAGAAAAAUGGCUGCUUUCUUGAGCCACUCAACAUAGUUGGGAUUUGUGAGUUUUUCAACUGUGGCUUAAAGAAGAGUGCUGAUGAUGUGAACUAGCUUUAGUGACCUCCUUGGGAAAGGCCCCGUUGCUCUUUGGUAGGGUGUUUUUUUUUUGUUUGUUUGUUUUGCAAACUUCACAGGGUGGAAGUAGUAAGCUAGAAGCAAAGGGUAAAUUUCCCGUUACAACUGGGAGGCAACUUGAUUUUUGUUACAGUGAUAAAGAAAUUGGGUGCCCCCAAGGAGGAUGCACAUUCUAGAAUUGUAAGGGACCAACAUGGUAAUCUACACCAGCCUUCAACUGUGAAGCAUUCCCAUCCAAUGCCCCCUUGUUAGCAAAAACCAAGAGGAAGUGCCUGCAGAGCAACUAAUGCUAGGUGAAUCUAACAAGCAGUACAGGGAAGACCACCCAAAUCUAAGCCCCCAGACCAACUGGAAAGUUUCUGCCCACUCUUAGAGGACUCAGAAGAGUUAUUCUGGGGAAGAAGCCAACCUAGUGGUGGAGUUUGCCAGCAGAAUAGCCAGAGAGAAUCCUUAGCAUCUUGAAUUACAGGAUCCCAAGUGUAAGGAAGACCUUUCUACAUCUGAAAACUCAAACAGCCACUGCCAAUUAGGCAGUCCCAAGCAGUUGUCUGAUUGGGUAUGAGGCAGUUUCUUGUGGGAGGGAGCCACAGCCCCUGCUUUGCAUGCAGAAGGUCCCUGGUCCAGUCCCCAGAAUUUCCACUUAAAGGACCUCAGGUAGCAGGUGUGGAAGGGUAACUUCUCUGGUGCAACCCUGGAGAUCUGGCAGUGGUCAAAG